ACGUCCUUUUUCUACUACACCGACCUUGACACAUCUUAUCUAUCAUUCUGCCUUUUUGAUCUUCAACCUCCAACCGUACCUCCUUCAGCAUGUUUUUCGGGUUCUCUGUGGGGGAUUUUCUCGCAGGCGCCCAGUUGGCUUAUACACUUCACCAGGUUCUCUCUGACGCCAAACACUCCCCGGAGGAACUCCAAGAGCUCAACACGCAGCUUGACGUAGUUUACAAAGUUCUACUCCAGGUUGAUCAGCUUCAGACCACAAACCAGUUAUCCCCGGCGACGAUCAAUGCUCUCCUCUUCACUGUCAACUCUGGAAUUGAGACGAUGGAGUCUUUUCUUGACCAAAACCAGCUAUAUCUAGAUAUGCUGAAAUCUGAUGGCCCCGGAUUCUCAACGGCGGAUGCUUGGUGGAAGUUGGAAUGGCCUGUUCAGAUGCCUACUCGGGUGAAACGUUUGAAGAAAUCACUAGCUACAAUGCUGGCAAGCGUCAACUGUCUUGUAUCUCUGGCCUGUUACCACAAUACGAGCUACGAUCCAGGAUGUGAGGUCCAGUUAGAGCUACACAAUCUGGGCGGAACAACGUAUUGGGGAAAAUACCAUGGCGGCCAUGUCAAAAUUGCCUCUAAGUUGCAUGGGCAAUUCGGAACUCACAAUUUUCUGGAUUUCGUGCGUCAACACGAUUGUGCGUCUUUUUUCCGGGCUGGUCAAGUGUUUGACGCUCGAAUCGUGUCCUCCUUCUACGUGGACGCUGACCGUAGGUUUACAGAGAUCGACAUCGGUCAUCUCCCGCUCGAAACUGUCUCGAAACUCAAAGCGAUGGACGAGGAAAUCCACAUCGCGGAUCACACAAAACGGCUAGCGCAGAUUCGAGCCUUACCUCUUUCCCAGAUGACUGUAUAUUGCAAAGAUUUGCGUUUUGAUAGGACAAGAGUGAGAUGUCUACUUUGCAAAAGUAGGCCUUACCUUAAGGACGAUUGGACCUUCCACUUCCAGCUCGAUCACUGGCAAUAUUACUUCGCUAUGCUGCCAGAGCCCUUGAUAACGUCGCACCCUUACACGGAAGAGGAACUGGUUCCAAGGAGCGAACUUGUACAGCCUUCCCCUUACUCUUCGUUCUCGGCAGAUAACUGGAUCAUCCUCGAAGAUAUUACUACACAUGUACCUAUAUACACAGAUGAAGGGAUUGUUCGUUUGAUACACAAUUACAGUGAGGAGGGCUAUAAUAUGAAAGGUCCAGUCAUGGUCCAGCGUUUUGUGGUCAUCUCCAGGGGAGACUCCUCAUGCUUGUGUCUGGGCAUUCACACUCAUGCACAACAGGGCUGCGGGAGACAGCCAGACCAAGAACUCUUCGGCAUAGUGCACUCCAGCAAAGACCCUCCUGCACCAUUUCCCGAUGAAAUCGGAUUGCGUCUGUCUCCAAUGCGCAUGCAACCGCACCAUCCCUCAACAACACUUCCGAAAUCCGCUCGCAUACACUUUGGUCGUGCAUAUGACGUAGACUACGAUGCCCCAGUGCAACCGAUAGGUCUGAUCGAUCCGAUGUCAAUGGAAUCACUUCUUGACCAGUUCGAUGCCAACGUCUACAGGUGCGAUACUGAUCACGAGCAAGCAUCUGAGCAAUCUCCUUGGACCGAGUCGUUGUAUGGAGUAAAUGGUCGGUCGUGCGGCUUAGGCGAUGAAGCAAAAUUGGUGGACUUGGACAUCGUCAGGGAAAUGCGCAGCAACAUAACCAAAGUGUUGGGCAACAAACUAUCCCCUGCCGACCAUCAACCAGUUCAGUUCGGUGGUAAUGACGAAUAGACAAGGACGAAAAUCCAGAAUCAUAACUAUGUCUGAGGCUAGAGUUAGCGCACAAUGUUAUAAGUUCAC